AUGAACACCAGCUUGCCUCCAUUGUCAUUAUCAAUUCUCGGUGUUGAGCCUCUCGAUGAAUUUAUUCGGGAGAUCGCUGAUUUUGUGCACCAUAUGAUCGUGACGAGACCCAUUCACCCAGAUGCAAAAGUUGAGGUAGAAGCAAAACUUGGUAUCCUGAAGGACCGCACCAGUGGGCAGCGCAUGGUGCUACCAGUCCUAGUGGAGACAAUCUUAAUCCCAAACGAAGUCGACGUUCGCUUCGAAUCCAACAUGUCUCUUAGCCAGCACAGGCACUUCAAUAACAUGCUCAACGACCUGAAACGAAUAUCAUCUCAACCGUCUCAUCCAACGUCUCCCCUGGAGUAUACCCAUCUCAAAGUGAUCGAUUCGUUCUAUCUAUCCGAGGAUCGAGAAAAAAUACGCGUUACUCGCGAGGAGAAGACUAAUACUGUUGUUGAGAUAAUGCGCAAAAUAAGGCUUGGGGAUCUUAAUAUUUUUAGUCCCAAGAGGGCGGUGGAUUGGAGGAUUAGCGUGUCGCUUGAAGUGCCGGUUCCUCAUCCUGUUGGAUCUCCAACCCAUAUACGACGGAAGGAUAGGAUAUGCUACUCGCAUGAAGAGUUCAGCAUCGACCUGACCCAAGUUCAUUCCAGUAAUAACACGACGCCCAACGCACCGCCUCAAAUCUUUCACGAGUUGGAGGUGGAGAUCAUUCGUUCAGGACUGCUGCUUUCGACUGCUUCCAAACGUGGGGAUCCGAAUGUGCCAGAACUUGAACGCAACGCGUUUGAUGAGCUUAUUCGAUCGUUUGUCAAUAACGCUAGAAUAUUGGUGAAGAACGCGAACGACAGCUGGCAUGCGUAA